CUGUUCUGUGAUUCUAGGAUUUUUGAAUUUUGAUUUUUGUGGCAUUUUUGAUGGUGAUAAUGCUGGGUUUGAGUUUAUUUUGGGUUGGUACCUGUGAGGGGUUACUGGAGUCAGGGCUGCCCCAUCACACAUCAUGGAGCAAGGGAGGCAAUGCAGGGCACAGAUGGCACCCAUCCCUUUAGAAAGCACCUUACUCUCUUUACCAUCAUGUAGAGGAGAAGAAAAAUGCCUUUCGAGAUGGUGAAGUGCAUUUCCUCCAACAGAUAAUUUUUAAAGUCAGACCUCACUGUCUUAUUUGUCCACAAAUAAACAAAUGCAGGUUGCAAGAGAAGGAAUGUCAAAAUGCCUGUUCUGAGACCCUGUAAUAAGGCUUUGGUUAAUUUAUUUUAUUUCUCAGCUUUCUUCACUGGGAUGUAGCUUCUUGCUGCUUCCCUGUUGACAGGGCUCAGAGCAAAGAUGGGGAUGGAGAAUCCAAACCAGAGGCUUAUAAAACAGGAGACAAAUGGAAGCAGAAUAAGGAAGAGGAAGCAGAGCUGUAUAAGUUCUCCAUCACUAGUUUUUAUAUUUCUCUUCCUCAGUGUAUCUUUUUGGGUGGCUCCAUUGUGUCUAUUAAAUAGACUUCUAGUCCAGCAUCCUGAAUUUAAAGCUUUCAUUCUUAUUUGAACUUCCACAUUGAACUUUACUGUUUCAGAAGGAUUCAGCUUCUGUUCUCUGUCUGCAGCCACUCCUACAAUACCUGAUGGUGCUUCAGAUACUUCCUGGUAAUUGAGCCUAAUAGUUUCCAAUGAUGAAAAUAAUUUUUUAACCUAAGUCCGAAGCCCUUAAGGAUCCUUUAGAGGCAGAAAUGUUUUUGCAGCUGCAGCUGAGGUCACCAGUAUGAGGAAGAUGAUUGCUCAGUGUCACUGUUAACACUCCCUGGUGCAGACACAAACAGAAUGAAAAGAGAAGCUGACGAUAAUGGGAUGGAAUGGUUCAGAGUAGGGUUUUAGCCUGGCAUUAAUGCAUUAGGGAUCCAGCUCCUGCGGGAGCUAAUGGAAGUGCUGCUAUGAUUAUUAGUGUCUCUGCAGACAAGUAAGACAACUCUGGUAAUGAGUGAGGCAGCACAGGGUACAGGAGAGUUUAUCACUGUCUGAUGCCUCUCCUGAUACCUUUUGUGUGUCUCCUGCCAUCUCUCUGUCCUCAGAGACAGAUUUAUCUCACCCCUGUGUCUGGACCACUGCCAUCCACAUCAGGUGCCGGAUUUGGACUGUGGGGUUAUGUUGUAUUCAGGGAGACACACCAAGGAUAUGCAGAAUAGGGAAGGGGCUUACUGAGGAUGUUUUUUUGAGUGCAGCACCUCAGUUGCUGUCAGUCUGUAGGUCUGGGUUUGAUGUGCUCCUGCAGCUGCAGAUUAAACCAAAGAGCCCUUCUGGAAGGCUGGAAAUAGCUUCAUUAUUUCAGAUAAACAUUUCAGUGGCAUUCCUCACCUAUGCCUGAGCUCAGCCUGGGUGCUUUUUCUGCAAGUCAAUUUCUCCUCUUUGAGUCAGCCUUUCCCUGGGGACCAUCCCUGUCACCCACAGAUGCUUCGAGAGCCAAGCACAGGUCCUACGGUGAGCAAGCCAGCUCUAGUGUGUCUGAACUGCCUGAUUGACAUGGGCUGAAGGGCAAAGUUAAUUGUAGGGGUGAUGGCUGUCAGCUCUUCCCACUGGUGAACUUUAUACUCUAAUUUUCUAACUGGGGAAAAUGGAAGUGAUGCCCUGACUGAGACACUAUCAAUGGACUUAAACCACAAAAAUCCCUCAGUAAAACCAAAUGAGACAUUUGGAAUAGUAAAAUGGCCCUGGUUUUGGCUAAAAAGAGAGUUUAUGUCUGCUAGGGUAGAGUGAGAAGGAGGUGAAAGCCUAAUUGGCUUCUCAGGCUCCUUACCAUCCUCCAGAUGCCUCCCCAGGUGGUUGGUGCAUUAGCUAUAAACCAAGAAAAAAACAGCUCCUCUGGGAGGUGAUAAGAGCAGAUGAACCAGUAAAUCAUUAAGCAGACGCAGCGUAGGGCACUAUAAUAAACAGGGGGCAAAGAACAGGAAUGACAAGCCAGCAGGGACAUGGGGGUGUUGCCAAACAUGGCUGGGUGAUGAGGGAAGGGACAAAGUCAUGUUUGGCAGGGAUGCCCUGGGAUGGUGGCUGUGGCCACCAACAGCAGCACCCACUGGACCUUCAGCUUGGUUUUCUCCCUGCUGAUUGUAAGCUUGUCUCAGUUCCUUUGGAGCUACAGGGAUAAACAAGAGCUGUUUGCCUCAGGGCACAAACAUAACUGUAGUUGGUUUUUUCCUCUGUGCUUACCCACUGCAUGUUUUUAGAGGAGGAAGAGAGCAGGAGAAAUAGUUUUGCUGGUCACAUGUACCAGCUGAGCCAUGUGCUCCCUGCUAUCAGGCAUGAUAUAAUAAACAGGGGCAAGAGAGACCAGCAAUCCCAAGAGUCCCCAUCACCCCCUGAGCUCAGCCCAGAUCACAUAAGCACUGUAAGGUGGCUGUGCAUAUCCCAUUUAGCUGAUCUUUUAAUUGUGAUUGAUCAGUGUAUCCUUCAGGUCAUCCCAAUUUGACUGCAUCAAUCUCAGGUGGAAAACCAUCAGGCCCCACUUUAUAUCAGCCCUUAAUAUGUAACUGCAGGAGCUACAUCAGUCAUAUAUUUGACUGUAUGUUGCUGUGGUCAUGUUAUAAUUAUAGUAUUAAUAGAACAUGAUAUGGCUGUAAUCCUUCUUGUUGUGGUACUCUGGGAUGGGUUUGGUUCUGCUUCCAGUUAUUACCUUGAUAUUUUAUCUUUCUUCCUUGUACCUAAUCUAGAUUUCCCCUCUUUCAGUUUAAAGCCAUUAACCUCAUUUCAUGUAUAUGAUGAGAUUCUCUACUCACCCAGAAAAUAUAGAUUUUUCAGCCCUCUCCAUGGCUUGGGAAUGCUGCUCCCUUAAUCACAGGGAAACAGGUGGAUGCUCCCAUUCCCCAACUGCCCCUUUCAAAGGACUGCAGAGAUGAUUGUAUUAACCCACUGGAGUGUGCCAGCCCUGCUGAGGUUGACAGGAUGGCGAAUUUUAAGGGUCAUGCACUUCCAGGCAGCUUCUUCCUGCUCUUUGGGCUCUGGUGGUCUGUGAAAUACCCACUGCAGUAUCUCAGCCAGAAAGUAAAUAAGAAAUCCCACAGGACUUAUUGUUUCCAGCGUGUGGAUGCCAUUGAAGGGGGAAUCAAAAUCCUCUUUUCUCUAAUAGGGAUGCUGGCGGAGCAGUUCGUCCCCGAUGGUCCCCACUUGUACCUGUACAGCGGGGAGAAGCGUGACUGGGUGAAGCUGAUGAACUGGCAGCACACCACCAUGUACCUCUUCUACGGCCUCUCCGGGGUGGUAGACGUCCUCACCUACAUCUCUGAGGUGGUGCCGCGGGGUCUGGAUCGCCUUAUGUUGGCCGUGGCCGUGUUCGUUGAAGGUUGUCUCUUCUAUUACCAUGUCCUUAACCGCCCCAUGUUGGAUCAGCACAUCCACUCCCUACUGCUCAUCACCAUCUUCAUUGGGGCUGGCAGCAUCCUGCUGGAGGUUUUCCUGCGUGACAACAUUGUCCUGGAGAUGUUCCGAGCCAGCAUCACCAUCGUCCAGGGAACCUGGUUCUGGCAGAUCGGUGUUGUGCUGUUCCAGCCAUGGGGAGGUCCAGUGUGGGAUGAGAAUGACCACAGCAACAUCAUGUUUCUCACAAUGUGCUUCUUCUGGCACUGGGCAGCUGCUGUGGCCAUCCUGGCUGUGAAUUACACCCUCACUUACUGCUGUCUCCAGAGGUUCCGCAGGGGCACUGGAGAGCCCUACAUCAGCCUGGGGGUCCGGCAGCAGAAGUGUGACAGCAGCUCCCAAGCUGCCUUCUUGAAUGGCUCUGAUGAAGACUGA